AUUAACCAAAACGAAACUGUCUCCAUAAUACAUGUAUUCUGUGUAAACUAUGAUUCUUGAUCUUAAAUGUUUAUAACGCCUUUUACAUUGUGUUUAUAAACAGAUUCCACAGCAGAACUAGAGUACAGUUGUUUAUAGCUAACGAAGUCCAUGCACAUUGUUAGCGUUUUACUCUAUUUGUGCAUCAAUUAUUUAUCUGUAUACAGCUACGUACAUCACUUGCAUGGCGCUGUAAGACUCCACGGGAGAUGCCCGGGUGCCCAUACAGAGAAUCGUAGUAAUACACACGAUACUACACCCAUCACUAUCUUCCACCAAGAGCAGUAUCAGUCACAUCUCACCGAGAACAGUGGAUUACACGGAAGGGACGCCGAUAACGGUAGGCGACCCCUAAAAGAACCACUACAACUCGAGCCUGUCGCAGAGCUGCUUGGUCUUAACCCACCAAGCAAGAAGGAUAAUAUCAAAAAGUCACUCAUACGUACCAAGCUUGCCUGGGCUGAGUGGGAGAUAAGGAGAUUUGGUUAUAAACUCGGAACAGCCAACCGACAGCUGCGAAAGCUCUCUGGACGCUAUCGCGAGUUGCGCAACAGCUUCACCGCAUCUAAGGAGGAGCUCUCGGCUAUAUCAGCAUCGAAGCGUGAAGUUUCAGUGAAACUUCGGAUUGCAGCUCGACUGCGCAGGCUGUUUAGUACCUAUCGCAACGGACUGCUCUCGGGAUCACAACCCAAAGUACCAUACGUACCGCUUUGCUUUAGGAGCAAAGAUGUACCAACUGAGUUCUAUAAUCUUGGCAACAGGAAACCAGACCGUAGUUUAACCAAGAGGGACUUGUCACCACGUACUGUGAGGGAGUCAAAGGACACCUCGGGAGAAAGUAUCCCAAACAACCAAACUAACACCAACCAACUCAAACGUACGGAUUUGCCACAACCUGGCAAUAAUAGUGAUCUAUCCGGAUCCACAACAAAAGUCGCACCCAUACCGGGUGCAUCUGGCUUGCAACCUGAAAAGAAAACCUUGAAGUCUAGAUCUACUGGUACCAGUGCAAGUGACCGGUCAAUUGUGUUAGGGGGGACCCAGACAUCACCCAAGCAGAUUGAACGUGAUAUACUAGGCUUAAUCGCAGAAGCUAAGCACCAAGCGGUGACUAAAAAGGGGUUUGUGAACAACCCUACGGUUUCCAGAAUACAAUCCAAACGCAGAGGACACUUUAGACGGCAUAUACCAAGGGGAUUAUAAAAUGGCCGCUGAAAGCCCGGGAGAUAAAGUACCGGCGUCC